AUAAAGUUGAACAAGACCCUAAUAUAAUUAUUAUUGUUUGGAAUUUAGGUAAUAACUAAUAGUGUCAGUAGUUAGUAAAUUAACCAAAACAUUACAGCUUAAUCUAAUAAUCUGUUUCUAAGUUAUUCAAUCAAGUGAUCUCCUUCUAAUAAAAUGCCGUCUAAAUUGAAAGAGAGAAAAAUCGCUAUUAUGGGCUAUCGUUCAGUCGGUAAAUCGUCGUUGAGUAUACAGUUUGUUGAAGGUCAGUUUGUCGACUCUUACGAUCCAACAAUUGAAAACACUUUUGUGAAAACGACUAAAGUUAGCAAUCAAGAAUAUGAGUUGAAAUUAGUCGAUACAGCCGGACAAGAUGAGUACUCCAUAUUGCCAACACAUUAUGACAUUCAUGGAUAUGUCUUGGUCUAUAGUAUUGCGUCACCAAAAUCUUUUGAAAUCAUUCAGAUAAUUUAUGAUAAAUUAUUAGACAUGACAGGCAAUGUGCAUCUUCCUAUAGUAUUGGUAGGCAAUAAAAAAGAUUUGCAUAUGGACCGUGUUGUUACGCAAGAGGAAGGACGGAAGUUAGCAGAUUCUUGGAAAGCUGUAUUUCUUGAAGCCUCGGCCAAGCAGAAUGAGUGUGUAGCCGAUAUAUUCCAUACUAUGUUAAUGGAAAUUGAAAAAGCAAAUAAUCCAGUUCCUAAUCCUGGUCCAGUUACAUGCAGUAUAUCAUAAAAAUAUAAGAACCAUAUCAACGACUUAUUUAUUUGAAUUAUUAUUAUGAUGCUUAAAAUAAUACUUACAUGUAUGAUGUUAAAUGUUCAUUUAAUUUAUCAUUUAGUUUUGUUACUCAAUUUUUUUUUUUUUUGAAUUUUUUUUAGUUACCCAUGUAAAUAUUUACUAAUUAUUUAUUCAAAAAUGUAUAAAAUACUAUUUUCUACCAUCUGUAUAGGGACUUAAUUGUUUAACUUAAUAUAUAUGUUUUGUACAAUUUAUUGGUGCUUAAUUGAAAUAAAAAUACUAUGUAUACUUGUAUGUAACUUGGUCUUUCAGACCAAAUAAUUAUAGUAAAUAAACAGUUAUAAUAUAAUGUUAAGAAAAUAAAUAUAUUCAUAUUUACAUACAGAG